UUAGUUGCGGUCAAUUCAAUAACAGCACAACUGAGCAAUAACUUGACCGGCGCCUCAACCACGGGAAGCCCGUCCACACCAACAUCCAUCUCAACCACGGGAAGCCCGUCCACACCAACAUCCAUCUCAACCACAGCAGCCGCAGCCACUACUGGAGCUCCGGCUCAGACGGCACAGACAUCAACGCCCACAGCAGCAACACCUCCACCACCGGCACUGUCGGCUAACGUCACCAAGAAGUUCAUAGACUUCGAAGCGGCCAAAAAUGAUAUUAUUAGGAAUAUUAAGGCCCAGUACGCGAUCCUCCAUAACCUGACGACCGAGUUCAAAUCUGUUUUUAAGAAUGAGACGGCAUAUGCUGAGGGCGCCUACAAGAACCUCACCAACAAUAUCGGCUAUUAUUUCUCAGAUCCCGACGACUCAGAGACCAAUGAAUUGGACCGCUCUUUGAACCGAUUCUACCCAUUCGGCGGACCAGAGAGUGAUUACAUCGACACCAUUGAGAAGAUGAACGAGUAUUGCAGUAAAGUGGACUCCCGUUUGGACGCAUUGAAGUCAUGGAUUAGACGUAAAUACAGUAAAGUGGACUCCCGUUUGGACGCAUUGAAGUCAUGGAUUAGACGUAAAUACAGGUAUAAUAUGGCGGUUCAGGUGUCGUUGAACUUAAUUCUGGGCACAAUUCACGAGAAGAAUGAGUACUUCUGUAACGCAACCGCACAUAAAGAGGACUAUAUUAAUAGUAUGAAGAAAGUGAGGGAAAGCGCCCCUAAACUCAUCCCAUAUAAAGAGAAACUGCUGGACACCGCUGUCUUCAUACAGAACUCCACCUUUCAAUUGCCUAAAAUCGGAAGACUUUGUUGUGCAUUUUGGGACUUCUAUAGAGGCAUCAAGAAUGAGGUGAAGAGUAGCCAAGGCGUCGAUUUUGCGGUUGACAUGACAUACGACUACUUUGCCGGCGCAUCCAAAUAUAUCUGCUUUUUGUAUCCGUACGGAUCAGAGCUCUGUAAGGAGGAGGAGAAGGCGCCCAAAAUGGCUCACAAACACCAGUCCCUUGUCUUGGAGACACUGUUGACAUUGGGAGAGAUCGCCACUCCGUAG